GACUGUCGCUAAAGACUGUUUACUGUCUUCCGAGAAGUAACUUUUCCAUCGGCGCUGCUCAAGGGUUAUAUCCCGGAAGAUAUUUUCCCAUCACGUCCUUUCAUAUACUUACUGUCUAAUUGAAACAUCCUAUUAACUCUAGUCCUUAAUUGAACCAGCAUUGUUCCACGACUUGGGGCGGAAACAAGCUUUUGAUGCAAGAAACCCGCGUGUACCGUCCUUCCCAAGGAGGCCUGCGGUAGAGGUAAGGCUGGAGAGGUGAUUAGACACAGUCACCAGAGUCGCAUCGACCAGCCAACGACUGCCUGCCGCACUGCUGGAUGGGUCUUGUCAAGUGCCUUUACACGGUAAAAUGAACCCUAUGAUCAACGAAGCAGAACACACGUUCACGUAGCAACUUGUCUCCGAUAAUUGUCAGGGGUUGGCUCGUUUUAGUGUUGAGUUGCCUUUGCACGGGAUUACUUUAUGUUUCGUCAUGUCUGUCUCUGGAGCGGGCCAGAAUGAGAGUGUGUUUCACAAUAGCACGUGGUCACGGGUCUACAGCAACAACCCCGGGUUGAGACUUAGUGCUGAGAUACAGAUAGCAUUAUAUUCUAUCAUAUUCCUUCUGUCCGUCGUUGGCAAUGUGCUUGUAAUUGUGACUUUAAUCCAGAACAAAAGAAUGCGUACAGUGACCAAUGUGUUCCUUCUGAAUCUGGCAAUCAGUGACCUUCUCCUCGCCGUCUUCUGCAUGCCUUUUACGCUGGUGCCUGUUCUACUAAGGGACUUCAUAUUUGGCGGUGCAAUGUGCAUAAUGAUUCGCUAUCUACAAGCAGUGUCCGUUGGCGCCAGCUGCUUCACCCUCGUGGCCAUCUCCCUGGAAAGGUACUACGCCAUAUGUCAACCCUUGCACUCCAGGUCCUGGCAGACUCUCUCCCACUCCUACAGGUCCCUGGCUGUGUGUUGGAUUCUGGCAGGCCUGGCAAUGACCCCCGUGGCGAUCUUCCAGCGCCAUGUCAGCCUGGCCAGGGGAAAACACGCGUGUAGGGAGGUGUGGCCGCACGUGGACUUCGAGAAGGCGUAUACGGUGGUCCUGGACCUAGGGUUGCUCAUCAUUCCCGUCGUCGUCAUGAGCGUGGCCUACGGCAGGGUCAUUACGACGUUGGCUACUGAUGUACGAACUUCAGACUGCUGCAAUUUUCAACUGCAAGAAAAAAGCGAUUCAAAUCCGCGGUUCGUCCUCCCGAACUACAGAACUCUUGAACUGCGCUUGAUGAACCGGGAGUCCGUGAGAAGCGUAUCCUCCCAGUCCUCCACGGAGGACGGAGGCAGCAUCACCCCUCCUCUACACAAAAGGAACAAGAGGAUACAUAGAAUCAGGCACUCUAAUCCUCAGAAAAUACGUGAAAAUAAAAUCCGUGUGAUCAAGAUGUUGUUCAUGGUGGUGUUGGAGUUCUUCAUCUGCUGGACGCCUGUGUACGUCGUUAAUACAUGGAUGAUGUUUGAUUUUAGCAGUGCCAAGGAACAUCUCACACCCUUAACAAAGACCCUGAUCCAUCUGCUGUCCUAUGUUUCUUCAUGUUGUAACCCUAUAACAUAUUGUUUCAUGAACAAGAAAUUCAGAGAAGCGUUCGUGAGGGCCUUCAGAUGCCUGAAGACACCCCAACCUCUGAAGGAUCGGAGAAGGAUGAUGAUUAUGCAAACAGGCUCCCGGCGGAGUGAUAUGUUUCAGCCUAUGUCUUCAACCUCAACUAGAGCUAGUUCUAUACGUCAGACCGACUAUGAUCAUAUUCAGGGAUCAGAUGAUCUCACGGAGUUGGACUGACUACCUAGGGGAAGGUCGCGAAUGCGGUCAAUGCAGAAUAGCGUUCAAAAACCAACAUCAGUAUUACAUAAGCUGAUCCUAAACAGGCCUAACACAUAACUACCAUGAGCUAAGGGAUUUUUAAAGUUGACAACUACGAUGUUUGAAUUCUUAGGAAAGCCUCCAUGUGAUCACCACAGGAAACACAGGAGUCUAUGUAAUUUGUUAGGGGUAUAACUAAAGAAUAUUCUUGGAAUGUGAAAUGUUGAUGUAGAACGUAAAAGCCUUUUCUACUCGUAACUCUAUCACAAAAAAAAGACUCCAAACAAAACGGAGCUGACAUAUUCAGGAACCUUUACAUGUCUGUAUUUGUUAUCACAAUUGUUAUGUAAUUGUUUAUUGAUAAUCAAUCGAGACUGAUUAUUCUCUACCGUUGAUGUGACUUCCGGUAUUUGAUCCCUGGAAUCGUUCAUUGACAACUGGAAUCAGUGGCGGAAUAUGCCCUACCACAUGAACGAGUAGUACAAAGUGUAUGACAUUAUUGUGUGUACACUAUGUGUUCGGUGAUUUGUUAAUAGAGCAGUGCAGAAGGUGAUCGUACGUGGUGAUUGCCUACGACUGUUUUCCAUGUUAAUUUAUAGUAUGGGGUUUACAAUCGUCCUAACGCUACCAUCGGUUUCUGGAUGUAGACAAUGUACUUAUUUUAUUCUAAUGGAAAUAAUCUUAAGAUGUAAAAGUUUAAACUGCUAAGUUUGGCAAAUUUGUAGAAAAGAAAAAGUGGAAUAAGUACGGAUAUUCGAUUUUAUUCUUUGGGCAAUGUGUCUUAGCACCACUAUAUGGGAUUUAGAUUAUUGAGUCUCUUGCUUAAUGCACUGAAGAAAAUGGAACUGAUUUGUGUAAAAUGAAUUAAAUUGAGUAAAAUGUGAAACUUGAAGAAGAAUUAUAGUUGACAACAUAUUCCAAAUAUCUGUAAUAUUGCUCGUCUCUUACAAAUGCAAAAGGUGCGCAGGAGAACGUGUGUUUGCUUGAGAUUGAUUUACGUGUUCAGUACAAUAAAAACUGAGGCAUCAUUAUACAUCAGGUCACUCUAUCUAUCUGAACACGUCUUCUUAACAUGUCUCUGUCGUUGUUGAAAACGUUGCCAUGCAUCUUCUUUUUAAAAAAUAUUCGUGACUGUGUACAGACUUUAGUAUUAUGACACAUUACUCUGUAAGCAUUGGUGCCCAUGACAUUACUGUGUUAACAGCCGCGAGGAAUGUGACCAAAUCAUAUUUGGUGUCAAACAGUUUUUGAAAUAUUAUUAUGUCAAACUAUGAAUUUCCCUGUUGCUUGAGAAUUCAAUUUCACUUUGCAAUUUCAAGCUGUACUGAACACUGAUGAAACCUUCUUUUCCAUACAUGGUCAAAAACAAUCACUUAAACUUUUCAAGGAAGUCUUAAUGGAUAUUACCUUAACUCGUUUCAAGCUUUAAUCAUUACAAUGAAUUAUUCAGUCAUAUCCAGAAAAUGCAUUCAUAUGUAACGUGAGUUUGUUAUUCCGUGUGUACAUUACAUUAUUUGUCAACACGCAUGGGAAAAAAAGAAUUUUUUUGUGAUAAUUGUGGUUCAAAAGUGUUUUUUUCAUGGUUCAACUCUGCAAGGAGUUCUUAUUGAGACCUACAACAAGUACCACAAAUACAUAUGGGUAUCUAUAUAUCUGGCUAUAAUGCAUACGCUUGCUCGGUAUUUCUCUAUGUCAUUUCUGUAUAUUGAACUGUUUCGUUUCUGUAAUAUUCAAGUGUAAGCCCACCCACCUCAAAGUGAUCAUAGCGUUGUAGUUGUUAUGGGCUUAAUUCGAGGUAUUACAGUGUGGCAUGUUUUAGCAAUCCUUGUUGAAAUUGAAACUGAGUCCUCCAAUGUUUGUACCAGGCUGUGAUUAAUUAAAUUAU